AUGGAAGGGGGAGAUUGUAGAAACGAGUUCCAAUCACUAGGCGGCCAUUUUCUUUGUUCAGUGUUGAUCUAUGGACGUUUGAAAAUCUUCAUUGAGGUUAUGUCUGACAUGCACAGGCCACUGACACUGGCAGAAAUCAUCGAUGAGCUAGAGUCAGAUGAAUAUCAAGGAGACGCAGUCAGCAGCAUCUUCAUUGAGCCACCAGAUGCUGCUGGAUUAUCAGAUGAGGACUCUGCAAAUGAGGAUGAAGGCGGGCUUAUCGACAAUCUUAGCAGCAGACAGCUGGCAGCUAAUGCUGAGAUUGUAUUCACAAAUGAUGAGAGGGAUGGAUAUGAUGUGGACUCAUCUCGCAUGACCUCUGAUCCUGCCAAGGAUGACUCAGCAUCAUCAUCUACUAGUAAACGAAAGAAAACACAUAGAAGAAGAGAACCAAAUUCUCUUCCAUCUCGGGUGUGGACUAAAAACUCUGUUUUCUCUGUUCCUUUCAAUCAAACUUUUCCGGAAAGUGAUUUUUCAAAAUACUCUGAUUUUUCUCCUGUAGAGAUUUUUGAACUUUUUUUUGAUGCAGAACUUUUUCAUAUUAUGUUUGAGGAAAUAAAAAAAUAUGCUGCAUUCAAGAAUAUUGCAGACCCAAAUAUCACCGUUGAUGAACUGAAGUGUUUUCUAGGGAUACAACUCCUUACCAGGAUAAUGCACCAGUAA